AUGACUCCCAAAACGCCUCGGAAUGCGUCGUUUUCCCGUGGCAACCAGGUGCAAGAUCAGAAGGACUGCGGGAGUUUGACACACCAACUCAGAAGGCCCGCUUCCAAACAUCAGGUUCCGACCACCAACAUGAUGCUCAAAAUUUGGCAAAAGGGUCAUUGCGAGCAUCAGCGACGAUGUGUGCGGUCUACCUCACGAGAUGAGAGUCUUUGGACAUUUGAUUCCACGUUCUUGCAGCAUAUCACCAACUUUACAGGCCAAGCCUGGUGGGAGGUCGGUGAACAGCACCGAGACUGGGCUCCCCUUGGAGCGCUCACCGUGUGA